AUGAUAAAGAUUAUCAUAGCUCUAGCAGGACCAAAAUACAAAGGAAAAUAUCUGCAUGGCUUGAUCAGAGAAAAACUGGGCAACAAAAGACUGCACGACACAUUGACUAAUGUUGUCAUUCCCACGUUUGACAUCAAGAAUCUCCAGCCAACUGUCUUCUCCAACCAUAAAGUGAAAAGGAAGCCAUUCUACGAUGCCUUACUCUCUGACAUAUGCAUUGCAACCUUAGCAGCACCAACUUAUCUUCCAGCUCAUUAUUUUAAAACCAAGGACGCUGCAGGCAGAGAUAAAGAAUUCAACCUUAUAGAUGGCGGCGUGGCUGCAAAUAAUCCGGUAUGUAUAAUAUUAGAGGAGGAACUUGCUGUUUUUGAAAUGACAAACGAAAUAAAGAAGGAGAAUCCAGAUGUCUUUCCUGUGAAACCUGUGGACUAUGGGAGAUUUCUAGUGAUAUCAUUAGGAACUGGCUCAUCAAAAGCUGAACUGAAAUACCAUACACGUUCUGCAGCAAAAUGGGGCCUGUUGAAUUGGUUAACCAGCGGUGGCUCCACCCCAAUCAUUGAUGUUUUCAGUCAAGCAAGCGCGUAUAUGGUUGAUCUUCACCUUUCUGGAGUUUUCCAAGCCCUUCCUUCUGAAAAAAAAAACUAUCUUAGAAUUCAAGAUGAUACCGUUCAUGGGACCAUAUCUUCUGUGGAUAUAGACACAAAGAAGAAUUUGGCCAAUCUUGUGAAAGUUGGUGAAGGGCUAUUGAAACAACAAGUUUCUCGGGUUAAUUUGGACAACUGCAAAUUUAAGGCUUCUAAUCAUGAGACAAAUGCAGAGGCUCUUAUAAGGUUUGUUAAACUACUCUCGAAAAAGAAGAGGAGUCGCCAAGCAGGGUCAACCAACAGGCAUGCUGAAAAUACUUACUGA